AUGCCGAAAUAGCAAUAGAAGAUCAUCAAGGGAAGCAUGUAUUUAUUCUCAGAAUUUCUCUUUUGCCCUCUGAAGAAGCAGGCUUACCUUUCAUCCUAAAACGAAAACAGUUUUCUAUACGACCUGCAUUUGCUUUGAUCAUCAACAAAUCUCAAGAACAAACAUUACCUCACGUUGAUUUGUACCUUCCACAAUCUGUUUUUUCUCAUGGACAAUUGUACAUGGCUAUGUCAAGGGUACAAAAAGGAUCCAAUCUUAAG